CGAGGGGAGCAUCUUCUUCGUUAUCCUAAUUCCCCAAAAACCUAACCUUUGUCUUACCUCGAUCUUCUCUCUAUUCACCAACACUGUUGCCAACAACAAAAGGUUAGAAUGAAAGGUUUCAUAGACUGGGUUUUCGAUCUAUCCAAUUCCAUGGCAUCAUCCUCUAGACCUCUUUUGGGGAGUGCCCCUUUCUCCCGAGACAAUGAAGAACAUGAUAACCAUUCUCAAGCCCCUGCUUUACCAGAACUAGUGGCACGCUCGGAAGCACCAUGUUCAACCAGCGGUGAUGUAGAAACUCAGCCUCCCAUCUCUCAGCAGCAGAAUAUUCCACUUGAAACCUCGUACCAGUCAAGUAUUGAUCUUAACCCACUAGCAAAGAUUGGUGACCUCCAAGUACAGUUUCUACGCCUUGUUCAGAGGUUUGGUCAGUCACAGAACAACAUCCUAGUCUCCAAGGUUUUGUACCGUGUACACCUCGCAAUGCUAAUACGAGCCGAGGAAUCAGAACUGAAAACUGUCAAACUUAAGCAAGAUAGGGCCAAAGCUCUAGCGAAGGAGCAAGAAUUAUCUGGCUUACCGGAACUGGAUUUCUCACUUCGAAUCCUAGUCUUGGGGAAAACAGGUGUUGGCAAGAGUGCAACCAUAAACUCUAUCUUUGGUCAGUCAAAAAGCGAAACUGAUGCUUUCCAACCAGCCACAGAUCGCAUAGAAGAGGUUACGGGAACAGUUAGUGGAGUUAAAGUAACGUUUAUUGAUACCCCUGGCUUUCACCAACCGUCAGCUUCUAGCACAAGAAAAAACAGAAAGACUCUGAUGUCUAUCAAGAGAUACGUUAAGAAGCGUCCACCUGAUGUAGUUCUUUACUUGGACCGUCUUGAUAUGAUCGACAUGAGAUACAGUGAUUUCCCUCUCCUGAGCCUCAUAACUGAAGUCUUGGGUGCAGCUAUAUGGUUAAACACAAUACUUGUAAUGACACAUUCUUCAGUUGCUUCUGCGAAGUACGAGUCAUAUGUUGGCCAGCGCAUGGAUGUGGUUCAGCACUAUAUACAUCAAGCUGUGUCUGAUACGAAGCUAGAAAACCCUGUGCUGUUAGUUGAGAAUCAUCCAAGCUGUAGAAAGAAUCCUGCGGGUGAGUAUGUUCUUCCUAACGGACAGGUGUGGAAGCCUCAGUUUAUGUUUCUGUGCGUUUGUACCAAAGUUCUUGGUGAUGUCCAGUCUCUACUGAGGUUUCGUGACAGCAUUGGUUUGGGACAGCCAAGUAGUACCCGAACAGCUUCUAUUCCUCAUCUUCUUACGGUUUUUCUGCGGCGUCGCUUAUCAUCAGGUGGAGAUGAAGCAGAGAAGGAGAUAGACGAGCUUAUGGAGUCGGAGUUGGAGGAGGAAGAAGAUGAGUAUGACCAGUUGCCUGCAAUACGGAUCCUUGGGAAAGCCCGGUUUGAGAAGCUGUCAAAGUCUCAGAAGAGAGAGUAUCUCGAUGAGCUUGAUUACAGGGAAACACUUUAUCUGAAGAAACAAUUGAAGGAAGAAUGUAGAAGACGACGAGAUGAAAAGCUUAAUGAAGAGGAGAAUCUUACCGAACAGAGUGACCAAGCAGCUGUUCCAUUGCCGGACAUGGCGGGUCCAGACAGUUUUGAUUCUGAUUUUCCAGCUCACCGAUACCGAUCCAUUGCCACAGGGGACCAGUGGCUAGUGAGACCUGUCUAUGAUCCUCAAGGUUGGGAUCACGAUGUGGGCUUUGAUGGAAUAAACAUUGAGACAGCUGCAAAACUGAAAAGGAAUCUAUUUGCUUCAGCUAACGGACAGGUGAGCAGAGAUAAGCAACGGUUCACCAUCCACUCCGAGACUAACGCAGCUUAUACUACAGAAUCUAGAAUACAGACAUUCUCCCUAGCUGCUGACGUCCAGUCAUCAGGAGAUGAUCUUGUCUACUCGUUUCUUAGCGGCACGAAGCUUAAAACUUUUAAGCACAACACAACAGAUCUCGGAGUUGGGUUAACAUCUUUUGGCGGGAAGUACUACUUGAGCGGAAAGCUUGAGGAUUCCUUAUUGGUUGGGAAGAGGGUGAAGUUAACAGUAAAUGCAGGUCAGAUGAAUGGUUCAGGGCAAACAGCACAUGGAGGGAGCUUUGAAGCUUGUAUCAGAGGGAGAGAUUACCCGGUGAGAAACGAGCAAAUAGGUGUGACAAUGACGGCUCUGUCUUUCAACAAAGAGCUAGUUUUGAACUGGGGUUUACAGACUCAGGUUAGACCAACUCGGGACACGAACGUAGACGUCAGCAUAAACAUGAACAAUAGGAAAAUGGGGAAGGUAAACGUGAAACUCAACAGCUCUGAGCAUUGGGAGAUCGCAUUGAUCUCAGCGUUUACGCUUUUCAAGGCGUUAAUGCGGCGGAAGAAAAUUGUGAAUGGAAUUACAAACGAAAAUGAAGAAGAGUUGUGAGUUUUCUUGUUUUCAUGGUUUCUCUUUAGGUAAAAAGAAAAUGAUAUUUUGGACAUAUGAAUAGAUAAAACCGAUGUGUACAAGAGAUGUAAGAGAUGUUUUGAAGACAAAACAGGGAUAUCACAUGCACAUCUGCUUCCAUUGUAUGUUAUACUCUCGUUUAGCUGCUCCAGUACUUCAGUGUUAUAUUUUAUGUGGUUCGUUAGAAUAAUCUUUGGCUCCAGGUACCUUGUCAAUAAGCUUUGAGUUUGGGGUAGCUGAUUUUAUAAAUUAAAAAAUCUAGGUAGUCGAGUUUCUUG